AAACGUCAAAUCCUAAAAAAUGACGGAGAUUGUGUGAUAAAUUUUCUAACCCCCACGUUUGUUUACUAGCUGUUUUUCAAUGCCUUGAAACAUUUAAUUACAAAAUGUUUCAAGCAGUUUUGAAGCGCUGUUUACUUCCGUCGAAUUUGAAAGUCUUAAGGGUAGCCCGCUCAGCUACUAUAAGAAAAUUUCACGUAACUUCAGCUUUAAAACACGGCGAAUAUGAGUGGCAGGAUCCAAAGUCAGAGGAAGAGGUUGUAAAUAUUGUAUACGUAACUAAGGACGGUAAAAAACACCCAAUAAGAGGCAAGGUCGGCGACAACGUGUUGUAUCUGGCUCAUAGAUAUGGAAUCGAAAUGGAAGGAGCAUGUGAAGCAUCACUAGCAUGUACAACCUGUCAUGUAUAUGUCAAUGAGAAUUAUCUCGACCGGCUACCACCUUCUGAAGAGAAGGAAGAUGAUCUAUUGGACAUGGCGCCAUUUUUGAAAGAGAAUUCUAGAUUAGGUUGUCAAAUCACACUAACCAAAGACCUGGAAGGCAUGGAACUACAACUACCGAAAGCAACAAGAAACUUCUAUGUAGACGGACAUAAGCCUACACCUCACUGAGUCGAAUGUGCAUACUUAACCUUUUGGACGCCAGUGACCGAUAUAUCCGCACCGCAGGUUCAACGCCAAAGAACGUUUAAUCGGUCACAGACUACAGAGCAACAUAGACCUAAGUGCAUAAAGUUUAAUUUCAGUUUUGACACUUCGGUGACGUGGCGUCUGAGUGACAGCUUUUGUUUUUGACACGGCGUCGAAAUGGUUAAUAGAGUCUAUCUAAGCCAGCUCUACCUACUCCAUUUUGUGAAUAGGGGGUAUUACUGCAAUGUCCUGCCGAUGCCGCCAGAGUGCAGCACUAAGCUAGCUAGUAAACCAUAGAAUAACUUAUACAUACUGCGCCUUAAACUGUUUGUUUUUUUGGCAAGUUUACACAGACAAAUAUGAAAUUGAUGCAUCAAGGCGGUUUGUUAACAAGGGAAACGGGAAACGCGAAAAUCGACAUUUAGUUAUCUGUCUCUUUAUCGUUCGAAUAUGCAAGAGUGGUAGAGGUUAGAUAACGAAAUUCCGAUUUUCUUGUUUCGCGGUAGACCCCCAGAUUGUGAUGGAUAGUGGCGCCACCUACGCAGAAUUUUGCGUAAGAUUCCCUAUUGAUGGAGUUGUGUCACCCUAUGUACUAUAUAGUCGUGCUGCCACAUUAGGCACAAUUUGUCACUGCAGAUUUAGUUUAGACUGACUAGUGAUCACAAUGCAUAGUACAUACAAAUAUGAAAGACUUCCUACUUUACUUACCUAACUUUUAAUCAGUUUUUAAUGUUCAAUGUCAUAAAUAACUAAUGUGGCUUAUAGCUCGGCAGAUGCCACUUUUGUGCACAUAGCCAAUAAUAAAUAAGCAUAGUUUAUGUUAUAUUUGAGUACAAGUGGUACCUUGACACAUUCAGAAAUACUCUACAGCUUAUCGCUGAGAUUUAAAUGUAUUUCAAUGAUUAAUUAGUUGACUUUUUUUGGUACAUAAAAAAGUGUUAAGUAUAUAAACAUUGGAAGAAAACAGAACAUUUAUAAAUUUUCAAAAAACCUUUGGCAAUCAACUCAUAAUAUAAUUUGUUUAUUAGAUUUCAAAGAUAUGUAUAUUUUUUUAUCAAUUAGUUACAAUCAAAUUGGGUACAGAAGUUUUUAUACAGUCGACGUCAAAGAUAUAUUUACACUUUUGCACCUUACUCCUUUGUAAUAAGGCGAAAAAAGUAAACAUAUCUUGUCAUGUUCAGUGAAACUGUUCUAGCUAGGCCAUUUACGUUGCUUAUAGAUUUUUAUGGAAUUUAAGACAUUAUUUUGUUGUUAAAUAUGUAAGUAGAAUUGUACAAAGUAAGGUAGUCAAUAAAACGAUUUUUAAUUGUU